AUGGCCUACGGUUGGGAUGAUUCAGAACGAUCAUAUCAGGACUCGCGAGAUAACACUGGAGAGCCACACCACAAAGCAAAACUCGGUCACGAAGCACUAGCUGGAGCAGCUUCUUUUGGUGCUUUCAAAUUGUUUGAGGACCGACAGAGGAGAGAGGGUAAACCUGUCUCCCACGCUUUCGCCAAGGAGCUUCUGGUCGGCAUCGCUGGCGCUGAGAUCGACAAACUCAUCGAAACAAAAGGCCUGGAUUACAUAGAUCGGCAGAAAGCAAAAAGACAUGCGCGGGAAAAUGUAGAAAACAUGUAUGAUCAACACUAUGUGCGAGGACAUGGUGCUGAUCAGUACGACCCAAAUCAAUAUGCGCCUCCUGAGCACUUGGAACGGCAUAGACACCAUCAUCAUGAACGCGGGGAGUGUGCUGAAGACUACUAA